AUGAGUGCAUUGGUGCUGUCGAUCGGCAUCCCGCCGCAGGAGCGUGCACGACUCUGUGCAGUGGCGGCGGCAGAUGUCUGCCAGCAAGCCGUUGCCCAUGUGAAUGCGGCGGCGCAAUGCGAAAUGCACAACGCCGCUGAACCGUACAUCCGUGCCGUGUAUGUGUACAGGGCGGGCUCCGUCGCAGCGGAGCGUGUCACGGUCGCGUCCGGAAGUGAAUGCGGCUCCUACCUACAAGAGACGUUGCGAGUCACCGUUGCUGGCAUCGAGGCGCCGUCUGUCGCCUGCUGGCUUACAGUGACGUUGGAGGACACCUGCAUAGUGCAGCACGCCGUCUUUGCCAUCACCCCCAACUCGAAGGAACCGCAAAAGAUGGCGUCGCCAGCUCUGUCACAGAUGUACGCACCGAGGCGUGCCACACCUCGUGGCAACGUGGACCCGCAGCGCGCCGAGACGCUCGCUGCAAGGGUACCUUCUCUACCUUCAGUGGGGGAGGCAAACCCGCCACCGUCCGCCUCGCACAGGCGCUCCCUCGGUGCUAUACCUUGCUCACACUCGGCCCGCAACUCAUCGAAAGCCAUGGAAGUGGCCGCCCAGCGACCGCCAGUGGCGCAGCGGCGCCAACAGCCUCCGCAGCAGCUCACGUCGCUGCCCCAACAACAGCAACAGGAGCCGCCACCGACCCGCAACGUGUAUAAGCGGAUCGAAAAAUAUCAGACAGAAGGGGCGCACGGUCCCGACAACAGGACACACCGCUCCCCGCGCGACGCACCGCAGCCAAAGGAAGACAUCGCACCACCGCACCUGUCUCAGAACAGCAGGGAUGCGGCGCCUCGUCUUGGUGGCCCGGGCAACAGCGCUUCUAUCUCACACCCCUCCACGGCCGCCCGCCCGCGCCCGCAGAGCGCCGUCGACCACAGCACCAGCGCCUACCCCUCAAGCAAAACGAGCCACCCUGCGGCGCUCGCUCGACCUAACGCCCGGCCACUGUUGUCGGGUGAGUCUGUUGAGCAACUGGCACGUCGGCCAAGCGAUGCUUCUUCCACCACGGUUUCGCAGAGCUCUGGCUGCCUCCAGGUGCCGCAGUCAAACGCCGGUGACCUCACAUACAACUGCACGCGUACGGACUUGACAGUGGCAAGUGACAGGCAGCAAUGGGGUGAUUGGGCACCCCGCAUAUGCUACUCCCCACGCCGCGAGGAGCUCUGGGAGCUCGCCGAUGCCUGUAUGACACACGACUACCGCCGCGAAAAUAUCGAUGGUGACGAGCCGCCGUGCGAUGAGAGCGAACUCUCGCGCAGCGACGAGUACUGA